AUGGCGUCGACCAUCGCUGACGUACGUCUCGUGUCCGACGUGACCAAGGAGCCCUCCGCCCCGGGCGCCAGGUGCUGUCGGCUCGCCGUGGCCACUGUCGUCUCCGUCAGCAUUGUCAUCUUCUCCCUGGGAGCCCUUCUGGCCAUCCUCCCUACGCAGGGCGUCGAGGUGGAGCACACGGCCCGGCUGCAAGGGAUCAGGUACGACAGCAGCUUGCAGCAGGAGUCCUCGGACUACUACCGGACACUGACGUCCACUCUGGAAAUGCUGUUUUUAAGUAGCUUCCGGAAGACCGAGUUAGAGGCGAGCUGCGUGGGCUGCACCGUGCUGAGUUAUAGGGACGGGAACGCCAGCGUCCUGGUGCAUUUUCGACUGCGCUUCCUGCUGCGAAGCCUGCGGCCGCUGAGCCCAGGCCUGGAGGAGGAGCUCCUGCAGCAGGGGCUGCGAGCCAGGCUGCGGGACCACCACAUCCCCCUCGGCCACUACGGCACCAUCCGGUCGGCCGAGCUCACAGGAAACCAGAAAGGGUCACUAACAGAAAGAGAUUUGAAGUCAGGUCGCUGUCCAGAAAAUGCCUUUUCCUGUAGGAACGGCCAGUGUGUGGCCAAAGUGAACCCCGAGUGUGACGACAGCGUGGACUGUUCUGACGGAUCCGAUGAGGCCCAGUGUGACUGCGGUUUGCAACCUGCCUGGAGGGCGGCCGGCAGGAUCGUGGGUGGUGUGGAGGCGUCCCCUGGCGAGUUCCCCUGGCAAGUCAGCCUCCGAGAGAACAACGAGCACUUCUGCGGGGCCAGCGUCCUCAGUGCGAGGUGGCUGGUGUCUGCUGCCCACUGCUUCAAUGAAUUCCAAGACCCAAGGGAGUGGGUGGCCUAUGCAGGCACGACCCGCCUCAGCGGCUUGGAGGCCAGCACCGUGCGGGCCCGGGUGGCGAGGAUCAUGAAGCACCCUCUGUACAACCCAGACACGGCCGACUUCGACGUGGCUGUGCUGCAGCUGGGCAGCCCCCUGCCCUUCGGCAGGCACGUCCAGCCGGUGUGCCUCCCCGCGGCCACGCACGUCUUCCCGCCCAGAAGGAAGUGCCUGAUCUCGGGCUGGGGAUACCUCAAAGAAGAUUUCUUGGUCAAGCCGGAGGUGCUGCAGAAAGCUACCGUGGAGCUGCUGGAGGAAGGUUUGUGCAUGAGCCUCUACGGGCACUCGCUCACCGACAGGAUGGUGUGUGCCGGGUACCUGGACGGGAAGGUGGAUUCCUGCCAGGGUGACUCUGGAGGCCCCCUGGUCUGUGAGGAGCCUUCUGGAAGGUUCUUCCUGGCUGGCAUCGUGAGCUGGGGAAUCGGCUGUGCGGAAGCCCAGCGGCCGGGGGUCUACACCCGAGUGACCCGGCUGCGUGACUGGAUCCUGGAGACGGUCACCAUGGCAAGCACGACCCUGGUCCCCACGGGGGCCCCUGCGCCUGCCACCCCCAGCAGUGCCUGGCCCACCAGCCCUGAGAGUCCCGUGAUCAGCACGCCCACCCCCAGACCCACGCCGAUCCCCAAGACUGCACCUCUCAACUCAGCUGCUGCUUCCAAGCCACAGGAGUGCGGGGCCAGGCCGGCAAUGGAGAAGCCUUCUCGGAUUGUGGGGGGCUUUGGCGCCGCCUCCGGGGAGGUGCCCUGGCAAGUCAGCCUGAAGGAAGGCUCCCGGCACUUCUGCGGGGCGACUGUCGUGGGCGACCGCUGGCUGCUCUCCGCGGCCCACUGCUUCAACCACACCAGGGUGGAGCUGGCGCGGGCCCACCUGGGCACGGCGUCCCUGGCGGGCGUGGGGGGGCGCCCCGUGAAGAUCGGCCUGCGGCGGGUGGUGCUGCACCCCCUGUUCGACCCGGGCACCCUCGACUUCGACCUGGCGGCCCUGGAGCUGGCCGAGCCCCUGCUCUUCGACAAGUACGUCCAGCCCGUCUGCCUCCCCCUGGCCAUCCAGAAGUUCCCUGCUGGCCGGAAGUGCAUGAUCUCUGGAUGGGGCAACACCCAGGAAGGGAACGCAACCAAGCCCGACACCCUCCAGAAGGCGUCGGUGGGGAUCAUAGACCAGAAGAUGUGCAGCGUCCUCUACAACUUCUCGCUGACCGACCGCAUGCUCUGUGCCGGCUUCCUGGAGGGCACGGUCGACUCCUGCCAGGGCGACUCGGGGGGCCCCCUGGCCUGCGAGGAGACCCCUGGCGUGUUCUACCUGGCGGGCAUCGUGAGCUGGGGGAUCGGCUGUGCCCAGGCCAGGAAACCCGGCGUCUACGCGCGGAUCACCAGGCUGAAGGGCUGGAUCCUAGAGACCAUGUCCUCCUCCUCCUCCUCCACUGCUCCCCCCUUGACGGCGCAGACCCCCACCCCUACACCCACCCCCAGGCGCCCCCCAAGGUCGACUGCCGGAGCCAUCACCAGCAGGGCCAGCAGCCAGCCAGCUGGCCCCUCCGUCACCAUCGUGAGCAGCUCGGUCGGGACACAGACGCCCCCUCCAAACGUACCUGAGACUACCCCGCGCUCACAGCUGCCAGACUGCGGCCUGGCGCCGGCGGCGGCGCUGACGAGGAUCGUGGGGGGCAGCGCCGCGGGCCGCGGGGAGUGGCCGUGGCAGGUGAGCCUGUGGCUGCGGCGCCGGGAGCACCGCUGCGGGGCCGUGCUGGUGGCCGAGAGGUGGCUGCUGUCGGCGGCGCACUGCUUCGACGUCUACGGGGACCCCAAGCAGUGGGCGGCCUUCCUGGGCACCCCGUUCCUGAGCGGCGCCGACGGGCAGCUGGAGCGCGUGGCCCGCAUCUACAGGCACCCCUUCUACAACGUCUACACGCUCGACUACGACGUGGCGCUGCUCGAGCUGGCGGGCCCCGUGCGCCGCAGCCGCCUGGUGCGCCCCAUCUGCCUGCCCGAGCCCGCGCCCCGGCCCCCCGACGGCGCGCGCUGCAUCAUCACUGGCUGGGGUUCGGUGCGCGAGGGAGGCUCGAUGGCGCGGCAACUGCAGAAGGCCGCCGUGCGCCUCCUGAGCGAGCAGACGUGCCGCCGCUUCUACCCGGUGCAGAUCAGCAGCCGCAUGCUGUGCGCGGGCUUCCCGCAGGGCGGCGUGGACAGCUGCUCGGGUGACGCGGGGGGACCCCUGGCCUGCAGGGACCCCUCUGGCCGGUGGGUGCUAACUGGGGUCACCAGCUGGGGUUACGGCUGUGGCCGGCCCCACUUCCCAGGCGUCUACACCCGCGUGGCAGCUGUGAGAGGCUGGAUCGGGCAGAACAUCCAGGAGUGAGGACCAAGCGGCUGCCCAGGCCUUCGACGCAAGACGUGAAGACAGCAGGAAGUGGCGGGAUGGCCUGAGCAGGGACAAGCACGCGACGGGCGGAGGGGGCUGUGGGCA